GACAGAGUGCAAACUGCACCUGUCACAAGGUCGGAUAGAGGCACACCAACAUUUAAAUGAGCAACUGCAAGACAGUGUAUAGGAAGACUACUGCAAGAGCUGCAAUGCUGAGAAGAGGCAGGAACGGCCGGGCUCGGCAUUUGGCCUGGAGCGAACCACGGCACGAGACAGAUGCCAUGGCAGUGAUCCAGACAUCGGACAGGGAGGAAUGGGAAGGCCAGACAACGACACAGAUCAGCGACCUGGAGUCGGAGGUGGAUUACCUGCCGAGUUCUCAGACUGUAUGCGAGGUGGUGUCCAGCACCGUACCUGUGAUAGGGGAGUCGUUCUGCCAGUGUGAGCGACAGGAAGAGCUCAGCCUGGGCGACUGCGUCUGUGGGGAGGAGGAUCAGGGUUUUGACUGGUUGUGGGAUGAGCACUUCAAGUCCUCUGGAGCCUUCCUCAGCUGUGACAACAGGAAGGUGAGCUUUCACUCAGACUACAGCUGUGGCACAGCUGCCAUCCGUGGCACCAAAGAGCUCACAGAUGGCCAACACUUCUGGGAAGUCAAGAUGACCUCUCCUGUCUACGGAACAGAUAUGAUGGUGGGAAUUGGAACUUCAGAGGUGAACCUGGAGAAGUUCAAAUACAGUUUUGGAAGCCUGCUGGGCCAUGAUGAGGACAGUUGGGGUCUCUCCUACACAGGUCACCUCCAGCACAAAGGGGACAAAGUGAAGUUCUCCUCUCGGUUUGGCCAAGGCUCCAUCAUAGGGGUGCACCUGGACACCUGGCAUGGCACCCUGACCUUCUACAAGAAUCGGCACUGCAUAGGUGUUGCUGCCACUAGGCUGCAGAACAAGAAGUUGUACCCCAUGGUGUGCUCCACAGCAGCCAAAAGCAGUAUGAAGGUGAUCCGUGCCUGCUAUACACCCACCUCCCUGCAGUACCUUUGCUGUGCCAGGCUCCGCCAAAUGUUGCCCUGCUGCCCAGACCUACUUAACGCCCUGGAGCUGCCCCCGGGUCUGCGCACCCUCCUCCAUGCACAGCUAGGAUGGGUCUUCACCCUCAGCAGCAGCUCUGAGGCCUCAGAGGACAACAUGGACUCACCUGAGGAUUUCCACGAGGACAUGAGCCUGCCUUCCAGCCCCAGCCCCAUUCUGAGCCCAGUAUCCAAUCUGAGUGCCUGCGCCUCCCCGAGCCCCUGCACAAGCCCGUUUCCUGACACAGACCCAUACCAGUGUUCCUGUCAAAUGUCAUCUCAAACUCAACCCUGCACUUGCCACUGCCCUCCAACUCCUCCCAGCAGUGACUACGAAAGCUGCUGCUCCGAGCCAGAGGAUUACCAAUGUAAAAGAUGCCGCUGGACAUGACAUAAAGAAGAAGUCAAAUGUAUUUACAAGUGUUUGGCAUACAGCUAUUCUACCAUUGCCAUCAAAAUGUCCUGUUGGAAACCAUGGAGAUAAGAGCCAUCUGAUCUUUUAGACAACAUUUCUUAAUCAAAUCAUUGACUUGGAAUGCUGUGCUCUUUUUCAUUUACUCAUUUUUAUGACAUUUGAAAAACUUUGUCAUGAAUGGGGAGAAGGGAGUGAGUCUGUAGUGAGUGAGAAAUUUAAGGAAGUUGAGAUAUUAAAAGUCACAUCUGGGUCAUUCACUCUCAUUUUAGUCAAUUGCUAUUAUGGGGCUAAUGAGAGCCAUUUGUACUGCUCUGAUUUUUUUGUUUAAUUUUAUAAAUAUGCCAGUCACUGUCUUUAGAUUAAACUCUGAAUCUUGUACAAUUCUGGGGGCUAGACUUCAGGGGGAACAGAGUUGCUUUUUGAUACUGUGAAAAUUACUUUUUGUACAGUAAACGUGUGUUUUGUAAUCAGCAAUUGGCUUGAAUAUCAACAGUGGUUGUUUUUUUGCUUACAAGAGGAUUUGUUUUUCUAUUUACAGUUAUGCUUUGUUAAUGAACUUUCUUAUUCACUGAA